CUUACGGCUUCCCGCGCCGCGGCUCUCUCGGCCUCCCCCUUCACCUCCCCUCCCUCCUCCCUCCUCUCGUGGCGGCCGGCUCGGUGAAGCUAUCGAUGGCGGCGCGGGCGGCGGGGAGCUAAUCGGCGACUUCGCGCGGCGUCCCGUGGCGCCCGCCUGGUGGAGCUCUCUGCCCGCAGCGCACGCGCACAGGCAGAGCAACGUCCCCCCACCCACCGCCUGAUGGUGUCUCUGCGUGCGGUCGCGGCCACGCAUCGAUCUCUCCCUUCGGAUCCCUCCUGAGUACGAUGGUGGGAGCCAUCCAGAACCUUCUGCGCCCGUUCCGCUGCCUUCUUCUCCGCCGCUUCUGCAGCCUCGGGCCGCCGCAGCGACAUGCUGCCGGCGACGUCUUCCAGUCGAAUACCGCCAUCAACGAGCACUUCCGCGCGGGCAGGGUAGCCGCCGCGCGCCGGGUGUUCGACGAAAUGUCGGAACGGAACGUGUUCACCUGGAACUGCAUGGUCUCUGGGCUCAUCAGGAACCGGAUGCUCGCGGAAGCCCGCAAGGUGUUCGAUGCAAUGCCCGUGAGGAACUCUGUCUCGUGGGCCGCGCUCUUGACCGGCUACGCCCGCUGCGGUAGGGUCGCCGAGGCCAGGGAGCUCUUCAACCGGAUACCUGACAGGAAUGUUGUUUCCUGGAACGCGAUGGUGUCAGGGUAUGCGCGCAACGGGAUGGUCAAGAGGGCACGCGAGUUAUUCGACAUGAUGCCAUGGAGGGACGAUGUGUCGUGGCUGACGAUGAUCUCUGGUUAUAUCAAGAGGAAGCAUGUCCGCGAAGCUAGGGAGCUCUUUGACAGCAUGCCAUCACCUCCGACUUCUGUGUGCAAUGCAUUGCUGUCAGGCUAUGUUGAACUUGGUUACAUGAGGGCUGCGGAGGUGCUGUUUGGCCAGAUGCAGACAAGGAACCCUGUUUCUUGGAAUGUUAUGAUCACAGGCUAUGCACGAGCUGGCAGUAUGGGGAUCGCGCAGCGUCUGUUUGAUGAGAUGCCUGAGAAGGACGUUCUAUCUAGGACUGCUAUUAUGCGUGGGUAUUUGCAGAACGGAUCUGUCGAUGCUGCAUGGAAGGUGUUCAAAGACAUGCCGCAUCGUGAUACUGUUGCUUGGAACACGAUGAUGGAUGGUUUUGUGCGGAAUGAUAGGUUGGAUGAUGCUUUGAAGUUGUUCUCUGAGAUGCCAGACAGGGAUCAGAUAUCGUGGAAUGCGAUCUUGCAAGGAUAUGUUCAACAAGGGGACAUGGAUAGUGCAAAUGCCUGGUUUCGAAGAGCGCCAAACAAGGAUGCGAUCUCAUGGAACACAUUGAUCUCUGGGUACAAAGAUGAAGGAGCACUAUCUUUGCUGUCAGAAAUGAUCCGCGGAGGACUCAAACCUGACCAAGCCACCUUGAGCGUUGUUAUUUCCAUAUGUGCAUCUCUCGUUUCCCUUGGAUGUGGAAAAAUGGUACACCUCUGGGCAAUCAAAACUGGCUUUGAGCAUGAUGCUUUGGUGAUGAGCUCAUUGAUAUCAAUGUACUCAAAAUGUGGGCUAAUCAGUGAAGCUUCCCAAGUUUUCGAGCUGAUUUUGCAGCGGGACACAGUGACAUGGAAUGCCAUGAUCGCAACAUACGCUUAUCAUGGUCUUGCUGAUGAAGCUUUGAAAGUUUUUGACAUGAUGACAAAAGCUGGAUUUAGACCAGAUCAUGCGACCUUCCUAAGCAUAUUGUCUGCUUGCGCACAUAAGGGGUACCUAUAUGAAGGCUGCUACCAUUUUCGCAGCAUGCAAGAAGACUGGAACUUGGUCCCAAGAUCUGAUCACUACUCCUGCAUGGUUGAUCUCUUGGGAAGAUCAGGCUUUAUACACCAGGCUUAUGAUUUUACCAGGAGAAUCCCAUCUGACCAUCGAACGACCGCGUGGGAGACGCUGUUUAGCGUGUGCAACUCUCAUGGGGAAAUCCAGCUUGGAGAGAUCAUUGCCAGAAAUGUCCUGAAGGCUAGACCCUCCGACGGAGGAAUGUACACACUCCUGUCGAACAUAUAUGCCGCCAAAGAGAUGUGGAGCAGCGCUGCCAGCGUCAGAGGGUUCAUGAAGGAACGAGGGCUGAAGAAGGAGACCGGGUGUAGCUGGAUCGAGCUGAAGGGGGAGGUCGUCACAUUCUCUUCAAACGACAGCAAUCACCCUCUGAUCGAGCAGAUAUGCCAGGAGGUUGAUAGCAUCUCCGUCAUGAUAGAGGAGGCAACCUGAUCGUUCUGGGUUAUCAAAACUCAAAAAGGAACUCUCAAGAAUUGAAGUGUGCAGUGAAAAGAACUGAAAUUGCAAUGUGCUGGAAGCAUGGAGCAGACGAGGAGGAAGAGAAGGAAGGAAAGGAAGCCUUUCAACUCGUCUGGUUUGUUUUCCUUUCUUCUUUUAUUUUCA